AUGCAUGCUGGGUCAGUAUGGGCCAUUCUUGCUGUUAGUCAAAUCACGACAAAAACUACUUUUAUACAGCGAAAUGCAGUAUCAAUUACGGUCUCAUUCAUCACUUUAACAUUUCCAAACUUUUUCGAUCUCAUAAGUAAAAUAGAACGUUAUCAUCCACGAACAACACUACGCUUGCAGCUUGGAAGAGUAUUAUUUCUCUAUAUCUUAAAUUACUAUACACUUAUUAUUUCGCUGAUGUUUAUGUUGAAUACAAUGGAAAGCCAGCGAAGUGGUGGUGAACAACUAAUUCCAGUAACUCAGUAUUCUGAUCAUCACCGUUGGGAACCGUUCUUCAACAGCUCUUACUAUGAAAUUGUUAAACAGCGGUCUGGUCGACAAGUUGUGUUCGAUUUUCCAUCGAUGGCUUCAUCGCUUUUCAAUCGCAAUAAAUCGAAUGACAUUCCAACAACGCCAAUUCCUGAUAAGCCCUGGACAACUGUAUUUUCAAAUUUUGGUCCAUUUGGGAUAACAAAUCCGAAGGCAGUUGUGACGGAAAACCGUCGUCAUGCGUUAAACACCAGCACGUUUAUGGCGUAUCCAAUCGGUCGUACAGACUGGACUAAAAAUAUAUCUGCUAAGCCAACUCUUUUAAAUUACUCAACUACAGUACGAGCUAUAUCAUCAGCACGUUUAUCUACUGAUUGGUAUGAAGAAUGUUGGGAAAAUCUGAUUGGAGAAGAAAUAACCAAAUUAGUAACGACUGAUUUGGUGAUGACAGUUGCUUCGAUUUUGGUGAUUGACUUUGUUAGAGCUUUAUGGGUUCGAUAUACCAAUCUUUGGUGGUUCUGGAAUUUGGAAACUACUUUUCCAGAAUAUGGAGAAUUUAAAGUUGCUGAAAAUGUGCUGCAUCUGGUGAAUAAUCAAGGAAUGAUAUGGUUAGGACUAUUUUUUGUCCCAAUGUUGCCCGCAAUCAACAAUAUUAAAUUGAUUAUUCUCAUGUAUAUCCGAGGCUGGGCCGUAAUGACCUGUAAUGUUCCGGCACGUCAGAUUUUUCGAGCUUCAAGAUCAAGCAACUUUUACUUAAUGUUAUUGCUGCUCAUGCUUUUUCUAUGCACCCUUCCAGUAGGCUAUGUGAUUGCUUCUAAAAAACCCUCGAAAAUAUGCGGUCCAUUUGGAAGUCAAGAACGAUUUUAUAGCGUGAUCGUACAACUUCUUGAUCGUAAUUUAACGAAAGGUCUUGUUGACGCCAUUAAGUAUAUGAUAUCCCCGGGUAUUGUAAUUCCAGUAUUAUUACUUCUUCUUCUAACAAUUUACUUCUUAUUUGCUUUGGUACGUGGCUUACGUGAAGCAAACACGGAUCUAACUAAGCAGUUGAUGCACGAGAGAACUGAAGAAAAGAAAAAAAUAUUCGAAUUAGCUGGUGGUGGCAGACGACGUUCAACUGCGCAUACAAUAACAAAACAUUACUCACCGAUCAAUAAAUCUCGGGAGAGUUAUAGUCCAUCGAUCAAAAGUAAUAGUGUAAGGGAUUGA